AAGAUGAUGAUGAUGAUUUAGAAGACGAUAAUGAUGAUAUAGAUGAUGAUGAUGAUUUAGAUGAUGAUGGUAAUGGAUUAGAUGAUGAUUUAGAAGAUGAUAUAGAUGAUGAUGAUGAUUUAGGUGGUGAUGAUGAUGAUGAUGUUGAUUUAGGUGGUGAUGAUGAUGAUGAUGGUGAUUAUGAUUUAGAUGGUGAUGAUUACGAUGAUUUAGGUGGUGAUGAUGAUUUAGAUGAUGUUGGUUUAGAUGGUGAUGAUGAUGAUUUAGAUGUUGAUGAUGAUGGUUUAGAUGUUGAUGAUGAUAAUGAGUUAGAUGUUUGAGAUGAUGAUGAUCCAUGCUACCACACUUAAGUGAGGAAAUUAAUUUAUAAGAUGAGUGAGAGAAUGAAAUAGAAAUAAUAUCAACUAAGACAUACAGCUGAUCAUGGAAAAAUAUACUUACCGUGAAACAAAUUUAUCCAUUCGUCUACGGAUGAUAACAAGUGUAGCUACACAUUUGUAGAUGAGGAUUAGACAUGAAAAGGUCAACUAUACAAGUGAAUUGAUGCGUUUACAUUUACACAGGAUGAUGAAAUACAUUGAAGCCGAAGAUAACUAUUUCUCAGUGAGCUAUAGAAGAUAUGCAUCUCAACUCUAAAGCUUUUCAGUAACUGAUCUUUAGAAACAAAUCACGGUCUAAAUUAAAACCUUUCCCAUUACUUACUCGAUAGCCACCAGUCCCCGAAACGUUGAAACCAUGAGCUUCGUUGACAUA